GGAAGUCCUGUGGCCUGUGUUAUACAGGAGUUCAGACUAGGUCACAAUGGUCUCUUGUGGCCUUGGAAUUUAUGACUCUAUAUUAUUUCACUCAGAGGUUCCCAAACUGUGGUCUAUGGAACACUUCCUGGUGGUUGGCAGAGAGCUGGCUGCUCACACAGUGCUAACUCUCCUGUCUGUUGUAUUAAAGAUCACUGAAAAUGCAAUAAACAAAUUCCUAAUGUUAUUUUUCUAUGUAGGCAAUUGCUGUAGUUGCCAUAAGGCUGUUACGUGAGCGUGAAUGGGAGGGGAUGUGGUCCGAUUGAUUGUGAACAUUGGAUGAACAUAAUCUUUGGCAUUUAGUUUCUGGCAGUGUAUAUAAACAUAAACCUGAAGGAGGGGAAAAGCCAGUGCGAGGGCCCAGGGUUUUUUUUUUUUUUAUAAAGUCUAUUUCAUGUUUAGGAUAAUGAGGAUGCCUGUAGCAAGCUGUGUUCUCUGUGCCUUUGUGACCCUCCAAAGUGAGAUAUCAGCCAAAAUCACCACAUCUGGUGAAAACUGGUGCCAGUAUCCAUUGCUAUUGCCCAUGGAUUAGGGCUGCAAUUUUAUAGCUUCAUUCAAAAGAACCCCCGCUCCCGCCAUCUCUGGCAGGCCAUACUCGCCAUGGAUGGGGCUGGAGAGCAGUGCUGGGCAGAGACACUCCAAAACUGAAGUGUCAAUAAGCAUAACUUAUUAAAAGCAUUUAUGGGAAUAUGGGAAGGGAGUUUUGAAAUGUUUCUUUCCUUUUCCGCUGUGACCGUAAAUCCAGUGGUGCAUAUGUCUAUUUUUAUCAGCAGCUUCUGGCGGUAUUAUCUUUUUUUUAUUACCUUUAGUAUAGCCUUGAAGGAUGCCCCCUCCACGCCCACAGAAUGCCUGGCACUGAUGAGGAGGAGGACUGAGGAGGACAUGUCUUUGCAAAAUCCUGCAAGCCAGUGUGCAUCGGACCAUGAACAAAGGGCUUGGAGAUUCAGUGUGACCGACAGCCUGGAGAAAGACAGUGAGGACUGGAAAAAGGUCCUGGAGUCCCACUAUGUCAAGGAGCAGGAAAUGCACCUGAACAUAAUGGGUCUUUUUAGGCACCAAACCCAAAUGCUGCAAAUCCUGGUUGACUGAUGGUCCAGAAAUCCUGGAUUUCCCACCCUUUGCAAUCCUUGGAGAACUCCAUGUUCACUGCUUCUUAUACCCUCAAUAUUCCAUGUGGCAUCAUGGGAUGUAGUCGGAGCCCCUAGCACACCACGCUGGGGGACAGCAAGGAAAACCACAGCUUCACAUAUACUGACCCAUGAGAACCAUGACUGGUGUACGUGUAACCACAACGGGCUACAUUUGUUUACUGAAAUAGAUAUAAAUGUUUACCUCCUUUUUAAUUUAAAUUUUCACCCUGUUAAGUUUUGUUAAAAUUUUGUAGAGUAUUGUACAGGGUUUUGUUUUUUUUUUAAUACGUAGAUUUUCUGCUCUUUUUUUCACUCAAAGUUCUAGUUUUGGAGAAUCAAAUUAUUUUUAUUAGAUCACAACAAAUAUUACAGAAUGCAUAGCGGUACUUAAAGCACAUAGUACUUGUAAAUGGACAUCAAGCACCACUGAAUUCAUAGCUUCAGGAAAACACCCAGCCAUAUUUAUAAACGUGCAGCAAGCGAACACAAUUCUUAGCAGCACCCAAAGCUCCAGGCUCAACAGAAUAGAUACCAGCAGGCAAAGACCCACCAAUAUGUAAUGUAGAUUGCACAAGACAGACACAAGUCCCUGAAAGAGCCUAGAACACUACUGUAACGGACUUAAAGUGCUCUUUCAAAGCCUCUCCCACUGCAUAGCUCUGUGCUGGGCUCUUGGAAGAGCCCUGAUGUCUGGCUGUUCAAAGUCAGCGGAGAGCUCCUCUACCUCCACCCUCCCCCUUGGCGGCAGCUUUUUCCCCUUUGCCUCACAGAUGGUGUGCAGAACACAAAAGGCAGUUAUAGCCGUUGGGUUAUUUUUCUCACUGAAAUCCGUUCUAGUGGGUAAAUACCGCUAGCGUUCCUUUAAUUUACUAAAAGCACAUUCAAUUAUCAUUCUGCACCUGCUAAGCUGGUAGCUGAAUGAUUCCUUGAUGCUGUUGACGGGGGUGUGUAUGGCUUCGUGAGCAAGGGUGGGGGCUGCGUCCCUCAGGAUCCCUAUUAGCAUUUCAGUAUUGCCAGUGGUAGUCUGCCCGUCUGGAAACAACAUCCUUGGUUGCAGCUUUUUAGAAAGUCCACUGUUCUUAAAGAUUGAGCAUCAUGCAUCUUCCCUGACCCGCCCACACUGAGGUUGGCGAAGCAUCCCCGAUGAGCCACCAACGCUUGCAUAACCAGAGAAAAGUAGUCCUUUCUGUUGAUGUACUCCGUGGCAAGGCCCAGAAGUGGCGCUCCACCGUCUGCAGCUGCUUGGUGAAUGCCACCAACAACCCUUACAUUGUUUUUUACUAUGUCCAUCAGCAAACUGCCCUUGAAGAUAUCCUUGUGCUCAGUUACAGUACUUCCACUGGGUCUGCAAAUACAGGAGAACCGUGCAGAGACUGCAAAGCACCACAUGGGUUUAAAUUUCUCGAGGCGUUGGAUCCAGAAGACGUUUUCUCUUAUUUUGGCACCAGUGCAGUCCUUGAUGUACCGGGAUUUGUUAUUGCUCAGCCAGCUUGUCCCUGUGAAGAGGACCAAGUGGAACCAAAAUCUUGUAAAGUUCAACGCUGCUCUCUCAGGGCCCGGGGAGAACUCUACGCCUUUGAAUUCCUAGAGGACCACGUCUUUCUUUCCUCUUCCUUCGUGAGCGAUCGAAAGCUGAACUCCUCUGUUAGUUUACUAAAGCAAUUCCCAGGUGCCUGCUUUGCCGGUGGACGGGUAAUGCGCCCUCCAGGUGCUGAAUGUAGAGUCACGUACUGCGAAGGGCAGCUGCAAGGGGCCAUCAUCGUGAACGAGGAAAAGAUUCACAUCAGGCCUGUGAGAAGCAAACACCUGAACGUGUUGGAAGACCCCAGCCUCCCCAGACCCCACAUCAUCUUCAGAGCGGCAGGGAGAGGGACAAGGACGAUAGGAGGUAUUGGAUGUCUCGGGGCCACAAGAGGAACCACUGGCCCAAUUCUGCCCUCUCUUUUUGCCUGCAGUCAGUGGCGUUGCAUAUGUGACGAAAGAAAGUCUUCUCCUCGUCUCUGGAAAAGAGCAGAGGGGAGCAUCAUGCACCUGGAGCUGCUGGUGGUAGUGGGCCCUGAUGUUUAUCAGUUCCACAAAGAGGACACCGAGAGGUACAUCCUUACCAACCUGAACAUCGGUGCCGAGCUGCUGAGAGAUGCCUCGCUGGGAGCUCAGCUCAGGGUUCACCUGAUGAGAAUGAUGGUCCUGACAGAACCAGAGGUGGGUAUGAACAUCACCACGAACAUCACCUCCUCGCUGGUCAGUAUCUGCGAGUGGAGCAAGAAGGUCAAUCCCCAGAAUGACUCAGAUCCCCUGCACGCCGACCUUGUCCUGUAUGUGACCAGGUUUGACCUGGAGUUACCCGAUGGAAACAAGCAGCUGCGCGGAGUCACCCAGCUGGGGGGAGCCUGCUCCUCCUCCUGGAGCUGCGUUAUCACCGAGGACACUGGCUUCGACUUGGGAGUCACCAUAGCCCAUGAGAUCGGGCACAGUUUUGGAAUCCAUCACGACGGCGAAGGAAACCGGUGCAGUGGGAGUGGCAACGUCAUGGGCUCCGAAGGCAGCCGCAACAGCGUGGACCUGGUCUGGUCGGAGUGCAGCAGAGAGCAGUUCCUUGCCUUCCUCAGGACAGGCCAAGCAAGCUGCUUGAAUGAUCUGCCGGACCUGGAGGGCAGCAUCCCCGGGUGGAAGCCUGGCUUAUAUUACGGCGCAGACGAGCAGUGUAAAAUAGCCUUUGGAAGCGCAGCCGUGGCCUGCACCUUUGCCAGGAAUGACAUUGACAUGUGCAGAGUUCUCUCUUGCCACACCCAUCGGGCUGACCAGACCAGCUGCACCCGCCUUCGUGUUCCCCUUCUGGAUGGGACCGAGUGUGGGAUCAACAAGUGGUGCUCCAAGGGACGCUGCAGCUCUCUGGAAGAGCUGAACCCUGUGGCAGUGGUGCAUGGGCAGUGGUCCAGCUGGAGCCCCCUCACCGCUUGCUCCCGCAGCUGCGGAGGAGGAGUCGUAACGAGAAGACGACUCUGCAACAACCCCAGGCCGGCUUUCGGGGGUCAGGAGUGCAGGGGAGCAGACCUCCAGGCUGAGAUGUGCAAUACGCAGGCCUGUUUGACUUCCCAGUUGGAGUUCAUGGCUGAACAGUGCACAGCAACAAAUGUAAAGCCGCUGUAUCUCAUUCCAGAAGCCCCAUCUUUUUAUAAGUGGACAUUGGCUGCUGGUUAUGCCAAAGGGGAUACCCUGUGCAAACACAUGUGCAAGGCAGAGGAGAAGAAUUUCAUGGUGAGCCGUGGGGUCAGUUUCACAGAUGGAACCAGGUGUGAGCAGAGCAACCACAGAGCUGAAGCGGCUUUCGAUCUGUGCGUGAUGGGCAGCUGCAGGGUGUUCGGCUGUGACGGCAGGAUGGACUCUGGGAUGGUGAUGGACUCCUGCAAGGUGUGUGGGGGAGACAACGCCACGUGCACCAGAGUGAGCGGCUCUUACACAGAAGGAAAAGCCAAAGAGUAUGUUACGUUUCUAGCCCUGCCUCACAAGAGCACCCUCGUCUAUGUUACCAAUCGCAAACCCCUCUUCACACAUUUGGCUGUGAAGGUCCAAGGUCAGUAUGUGGUGGCCGGGAAGGAGAGAAUCUCCUUGAACACCACCUAUCCGUCGGUAAUAGAGGACAACCAGAUCAAAUACAGGGUGUUUCUCACCGAGGACAACCUGCCAAGCCUGGAGGAAGUCCAUGUCGAUGGGCCAACCCAAGAGGACAUUGAGAUACAGGUUUAUAGGAAGUAUGGGAAAGAAUAUGGAGAUGUCACCAACCCAGACAUCACCUUCAGCUACUUUAUACCAAAGGAGAAACAGACACAUGUGUGGAUUCCUCAGUUCAGGACCUGCUCGGUGAGCUGUGGGGAAGGGGUGCUACUGGUCGAUCACUCCUGCUUUGACCAGACCAGGAAUGAAAUAACAGAUGAUCAGCUGUGCUUGGAGACUCCACAGCCCCCUUCCAGGCUGGAGCCCUGUGCCAUGGCACCAUGCCCACAAGGCUGGGUGGCGGGGGACUUCGGCCCCUGCAGUGCCACAUGUGGGGGUGGAGUGACGGAGCGUCUGGUUCGCUGUAUGAAGAAAGAAGGGGGCUUGAUCCUGACUCUUCCCGAUUCCAAAUGCACGGAUGCUCCCAAACCUGCCUCCACCAAGGCAUGCAGCACUGAGCCGUGUCCCAUAAGAUGGAAGGAAUCUGAGCCGGGCAAAUGCUCUGCCAUCUGUGGGAUUGGAGUCACCCAGCAGAACGUGACCUGUGUCCAGAUUCUUGAUGGACUGGAGACCACAGUAGACGACAGCCUGUGCCCGGCGGAAGAGAAACCUCUCGCUUUUGUGCCAUGUGUGGUUAACAUCUGUCCUCUGGGCUGGAACACACAGGACAGUUCGCCCUCACGGGAAGAGCUGGUGCCAUUUGGGAGUAUCCAGAAGGAAAAUCGCUCGGUGCAUGUCUGGAGCCCUCUCGUUGGCGAAUGCACCGUGACCUGUGGCGGAGGUGUGGCCCAGCUUCGUUAUGUGUGUGUGGCUUUCGAGACCAAGGAAGAAACCCAAGAGAAACAUUGUAAUCAAGUGCCAAAGCCAGCGAGCAGGCUGGAAAGCUGCAAUCCCAUGCUGUGCCCUCCCAGUUGGGAGGUGAAGGAGCUGGCUGCAUGCCCAGUGAGCUGUGGAGGAGGGAGAAUACCACUCUCUCUUCGCUGUGUACGACAAGAAGGAAAUACAACCCGUCCUCUUCCUCAUUCCAAAUGUGGUAGGAUGCCCCGGCCAGACAGCACCAAGGAGUGCGGCACUGAUCCGUGCCCAGCAAGGUGGCAUUACAAAAUGGACUCGUGCAGCGUAAGCUGCGGAGGAGGUGUGCUGCGCAGGGUCCUGUACUGUGCGAGGGAGGCUGGGGACAAGGUGGAAGAGAUUGUAGCGGAUGCACAGUGUCAUGGUUUACCUCGCCCAGAGGAGCAGGAGCUGUGUAAUCUGGAGCCGUGCCCUCCAAGAUGGAAAGUAACAGCGACUGGUUCAUGUUCCUCCUCUUGUGGGCUCGGCAUAGCCCCGCGAUUGAUCACCUGUGUCCAGCUCCGCCAAGGCCUAGAGACCGAGCUGGAAGAGAGUUCGUGUCCGGAGGCAGAGAAACCCCUCUCCAGCAUCCCCUGUAUCAUCAGAAUGUGCUCCUACCAGUGGGGUUUCAGUGAAUGGACAGAGUGCUCGGCGUCGUGUGGGAACGGCAUUCAGAUGCGGCACGAUUUCUGCCUCAAUCCGAAAACCCACGAGCACGUGAACCCCGUCUUCUGCAUGCGCUCCCCCAAGCCCAUCACGGUGCGUGGCUGCUCUGCUGGCCCUUGUCCUGAGCAGCCUGCGGUGGAUGGGUCCUCAGGAUCAGAACACCAGAUACCAACCUCAGCUCUGAACCCGAUAACGACAGCAGCCACCAUUUAUCCCGAGAGGCCAGAAUACAAAGCCCUGGAUCGUCUUCCAACCAGGGUGCUGGCUCCUGCACCCAAACGCCGCGAGGAGCUUUCAGCGGGAGAGGAGGACACCGAUGAAGCGUACAGUGUCUGUGGGAGGCUCUUCCUCAACUCCACUGGGGUUAUCAACAUGACCGGCCUGCAGGUCAGUGACUGCACGGUUUCCAUCGGACGCCCCUUGGGGGAAGUGGUAACGGUCCAGGUGCUGGAGAGCUCCCUAAACUGCAGUGCAGGGGAGAUCGUGCUGUUUUCUGAACGGAUGAUGUGGCGGACAGGCUGUAAGAAGCUGAUGGUGUCAUCCAUAAACUCCAGGACCAACACAUUGAUGGUGAGACAGCGCCUCCUGCUGCCAGGGAAUGGUGUUGUUCUUCAGUACAACAGCAAAGCAGCCGCAAAAAAAUAUUACCAAGACUGUGAUGUGCAGCUGUUUGGUCCCUGGGGUGAAAUAGUGAAUCCCGGAGAGUUGCCGGACCCAAAACGACAAGUGGCAUGUCGGACCUUUAUCAACGUGGCUCCACGGUAUCGCAUAGCCAUCCAUGCCCUCUACAUGGACCUGGGGGCUGAAAACAACCCCACACACUCCAAUUACAUCUCGAUACGCGAUGUGAAUGCCAUGAAGACAACAGUGUUUCGUGGGAAACAGCUGUUCUUCUGGGAAUCCACGGGGAGCCAGGUUGAAAUUGAAUUUAAUGAAGGCAUUACAGAAGAUCAUGUCAGUUUCCGAGCAGAGUACUGGGUCAGAAAGCCCAGAUAAAUGGAAACAAGGGACACCCCAGCCAGGGAAGCAGUGGAUCAAUUAGAGUCAGGACUCCCAGCGCUGCCACUGAUUCACCGUUUGACCUUGGGCAAAUCAUUUAACCCCUCCACCUCAGUUUCCCCUUCUGUUUCAUUGGAAUAACAAGACCUGUCUACUUCACAGGGCUGUUCAGUUAAUAUUUGUAAAGCAUGUGGAGAUGCUCAAGUGAAAGCCAUUAUAUAGACGUCAAAUAUUAUGAUUCUCUUAAAAGUUUUUUCCUGUCUCUCCCAGCUAGUCCUGAGACGACUUGCCUGUUUGAAACGAAUGACUGAGAGACUGAAGCACAAGUGAUGACUGUGAUCUGCUAGUCUAUGAGGUGCCACAGGACUCUUUGCUGCUUUUAAUGUCACCUUGUUAGCAGGGUCUCAUUUGCUCACAGUGCCUCAGCCUCCACCGAUGAAGAUGUAGAUUAGAGCAGUUAGUGAAAGUCAGCAGCUUAACCCUUCAGCAUUUUUCCUUUUAGCCGAUGAUACGAAUGUGUGUCGCGGACGGAUAAACCAUUCAGAAUUGAUGGACCUGAUGCUCCUUUACACUCUGGCAGUGUACAAGGACCCUAACAUUUACACCCACUUUACUGUCAGGAUGGUGGACAGGGGCCUUAUGCAUAAAUAAGAAUUGGGCACUAUAUGUCCGCCAGCAAUAAUAGUAUUUCCCAAUAUUUAGGUAGAGAACUUGUCCUGCUAAUGACGAACUCGGUGCCACAAUAGACUCUGGCCGAGAGUUCCACAGGAUGACUGUGCGUUGUGUGCAGAAAUACUUCCUUUUGUUUGCUUUAAACCUGCUGCCUGUUCAUUUCGUUUUGUGACCCCUAGUUCUUGUGUUAUGAGAAGGAGUAAAUAACA